CAGUCAAAUCUCUGCUGGAUCAGAGAUUGAGCCACGACAAUACCCUUAUCUUGACAUUUCGCAUACCUGGUGGAUGACGUUGUCUUCUUUAGAGCUUGGGGGUGUGUAACGGUCCAAUUCACGCAUCACCAAAACGCCAAGUCAUAUUAUUAUCCCACUGGGUCCGGAAACCUUGAAGACGUCGCGACAUGCCUGCAUUGCUCUGAUAGUCUCUGUCAAGGACUGUUAUCGUUGGAUGCCCUAGCAGAUGUCUGAUUCCCACCUUGAACCGCUGCGGCGGACUGUGACCCGGAACAAAUCGAGCUUUCUUGCACGAACUGCUACAGACAAUGCGGCUCAACUGAAUCGACGUUUUUCUAUGGCCUCGGGCCCACCCGAGCACGCGGCCGAUCACCAAUCUGAGCCCGUGGACAACCCUUAUGAACCCGUAACUACUGGGUCUGAACCCGCACCACGCCCCCACCAUCUGACCAGAAGACUUCUCGGGAUCUUCGGAUUCCAAGAUGGCAGCAUCAAUUCCACAGGCUCGCCUUCCAGGUUUGGUCGUCACGCUUCACAUGCGGUGCUGGGCCAAGAUUCCCUCACGGCUCAAAUGCAUCAACUGGACGGCAGCAAGCACGAAAAUGCGAGUCGGAAGCCGAAGCCUGGGUCGCUACCACGACCGGUAGGUGGACAUGACAAGUUGGGGACAUUUUCUGGAGUUUUCGUGCCUACGACUCUAAACGUAUUAAGCAUUCUCAUGUUUUUGAGGUUUGGCUUUAUUCUGGGUCAAAGUGGCGUAGUAGGAAUGCUAGGAAUGCUUAUUGCUUCGUAUCUCAUUAAUCUGGUCACAACACUCUCCAUCUCUGCCAUUGCUACGAACGGGACUGUCCGCGGAGGCGGUGCUUACUAUCUGAUCUCGCGUUCACUGGGACCGGAAUUUGGUGGAUCCAUUGGUAUCGUGUUUUAUUUGGGUUUUGUAUUCAACACUGGCUUGAAUGCUGUCGGUUUGGUAGACUGCUUCAAGCAAAAUUUCGGGUCUCUAACUGGCAAUUGGGCUCAGUGGUUGCCUGAGGGUAACUGGUGGCAGUAUCUUUGGGCAACCGUCGUUUUACUCAUAUGCACCGGAAUUUGUCUAGCGGGCAGUGGCCUGUUUGCGAGGUGUAGCAAUGGACUUCUUGUGCUCCUGCUGUUGGCUACAUUCAGCAUACCAUUUUCGACCUUUAUCGUGAAGCCGUUCAAAAGCAGCAUGACAGGGAUUGAAUAUACUGGCCUGAGCAGAAAGACGCUCAUGGGAAACCUGCUGCCAAAGUUCACGAGAGGUGCCGCUGGUAGCCAAUUGAAAGGAAAGGAGAACUACCAAGACCUCUUCGGUAUUCUUUUCCCUGCCACGGGCGGUAUCUUUGCUGGCGCGAGCAUGUCAGGAGACCUACAGAACCCGAGCAGGUCGAUUCCCCGGGGGACACUACAUGGAUUACUUUUGACAUUCAUUACAUAUACGAUUGUCAUCCUUGCUCUAGCAGCGACAGUCACUAGAGCCUCGCUCUAUCGAGAUGCAAACAUUAUGCAAGACAUUAACAUUUCUGGUCCAUUGGUUCUGAUUGGAGAAUUCGCAACGUCCGCCUUUUCCUGCUUAAUGGGAGUUAUUGGCUCGGCCAAGCUUUUACAGGCGUUGGCACGAGAUAAUCUCAUCCCCGGCUUCUCCAUCUUUGGUCAGGGUACCAAGCAGAAAGAUGAACCAACCGUCGCCAUCAUCAUCACUUAUAUAGUCGCGCAGAUCACGAUGCUCUGUGACAUCAAUCAGAUUGCUUCGUUUGUCACCAUGACCUAUUUGAUGACAUUCCUCGUAACCAACCUAGCGUGUUUCCUACUCAAGGCCAGCUCUGCGCCUAAUUUCCGGCCUUCCUUUCAUUAUUUUAAUAUGUGGACGGCCGCGGCUGGAACACUGUCCAGUGGUGCGACGAUGUUUUUCGUCGAUGGCCUCUAUGCUAGCGGAUGCGUCGUUAUUCUUAUUGUGAUAUUUUUGAUCAUUCACUAUACUUCGCCUCCAAAGUCUUGGGGAGAUGUCAGUCAAGCCCUGAUUUAUCAUCAGGUGCGAAAAUACCUUCUUCGACUCCGACAAGAGCAUGUCAAGUUUUGGCGACCACAAAUACUGUUGUUCAUCAAUGAUCCACGUCGACAGUACAAACUCAUUCAAUUCUGCAAUUCUUUGAAAAAAGGAGCGCUUUUCGUACUUGGUCAUGUUAUUGUUACCAGCGAUUUCGGAGCUGCUGUACCUGAAGCUCGACGACAACAAGCCGCCUGGACUAAAUACAUUGACUUUUCGAAAGUGAAAGCAUUUGUCAAUAUUGCUAUUUCACCCGCGGUCGAGUGGGGCGCUCGCAACAUUGUUAUGAGUUCCGGGCUUGGAGGAAUGAGACCAAACAUCGUCGUCAUGGGAUUCUACAAUUUGGACGAGUAUCGGAAGACACAGCCACUUGUUGACGUCCCCUCAGCCCAACCCUCGCGCCAGCCUAGCCGACGGGCUAGUCCAGUCCGGUUGACGCCUGACGGAAAGACACAAAGAAGGAAAACCCGGGAGGACUUGCUGCACGGCUUGCUGCCGACUGACUCCUGUAGAACGGAGGGAGCGGUGAAACCGACCAGCUAUGUCAUGAUAUUAGAGGAUCUGUUGCUCAGGGUUCAGAUAAACGUUGCAGUUGCCAAGGGGUUCCAGCAACUUGAAUUGCCUCGGUACCGGGAAGACCACACCAAGAAAUACAUUGACUUAUGGCCGAUUCAAAUGUCAGCGGAAAUUGCUGCUGAAGGAGGGGAUCACAAGCAAAACGUGUUGACGACUAAUUUUGAUACCUAUACCCUCAUUCUACAGCUUGGUUGCAUCUUGAAUACUGUUCCUGCAUGGAAGAAGACGUAUAAGCUGCGUGUUGCCGUUUUCGUUGAGUAUGAGUCGGAUGUUGAAGAAGAAAGGGGUAGAGUCAAGACUUUGCUUGACAAUCUGAGAAUCGAAGCGGAGGUGCUUGUCUUCUGGCUAGCAUGCGGCGAUCUCCCAACCUACGAAAUUAUUGUCAACGGCAACAGUAGCGGUGAUGUCUCUGAGAUAGUGGGAGAUGUGAAUGAAGUCCUCAGGCAAGAGGAAUGGUGGAGUGAGAUACAGAGAAUUAGAGGACGCGAAGAAGAUCUCACUGCAAGCCAGCAGCUUGCUGAGGUUGAAGGCUUCCUUCAAGGUACCACUAAUUGGCCAAGCUCAACAAUGCAGCACGGCCGUCGAGAAGGUCCUGUGGAGCGCUUUGAAGAGCUUAGAGCCUUGAUUGGCAGGCACAAAAGGCGUCGAACUAUCACGGGAUUGACAAAUUUGGGCCUCGGUUUAGGCAUGCGGACCCAUCGACUAGAGCCCGACCUUUUCGAUCACAACGCAAUGUAUGGGAGUGCCAGUGAGGACUCUGAUGACAGUGAUGAAAGCGAUAUCGACGUUUUUGGAGCACAUGACAAUGCCAGCGAAGGUGCGGUGAGCCCAGCCAGUGAGAACGCCAUGGACGACUAUGAAAUAGCUGGAGAAGAACCUACACCGCCUUUGUCUCCGGCGAAGAUUUUGCGAAGGCGAAGCCAUGGCGAUAGCCUUCAAGGCCCCAGACACUUAAAGCGAUCAUCGUCAAGACCCCCAGCACACACUCAUGGAGCUUCCACGACCAUCUCUGCAGCGCACGACAAAGGGCAGGAUCCUACGUCAGACCCUGCUAUUCCUAUCCCACCUUCAGCACUGGCCGGUGCCCUCCGUCAAGCCACGCCAGUGUCUUCAGAAACAGCGCCUCCAGCCACAAGUCCCCCAGAGCAAGGCCCGCCCAAGGGCCCCACUGAUCGUAUCAUUCAGGCGUUGAAACAAGAGCAUCAACCGGGGCCAUCCUCUUCCAGGUCGGCCCCAGCAUCUGGUGUCUCCACGCCUAAAGCAAAACCACCAAUUAUUCGCCAGUCCUCCAUUCCAAAAUUCACAUCCAAACCUGUACCUAUGACCAAGGUUGCUUCCGAAGAGGAUGGUCCCGGCCCAUCUAUCAUGUUCGCCGACACUUCUCCACCUCCACGUGAAGAAGAAGAUGGCCGCGGCCGCUCUAUCUACGACCGCAGUAACAUCUCUGCUGGUCAUACCGACCAAGACGCAUCGACACCCACACCGGCGCAGGACACGGGAUCAGGACCACCAGGGUCGGCUGAUGGAUCUUCAACUGGCUCUACCGGAAAACCCGCCAGUGGCUUCCCUGCGCAGCAAGCUAUUCCUCUGAGCUUCAACGAUCUCCCUUGCCGCGCGCAACACUUGAUCUUGAAUGACCUCAUUCGCCGCCAGUCAGAGGAAACGGCCGUUGUGUUCACUACCCUUCCGAGCCCUGUUGAGGGCACGUAUAAGAGUGAGGCAGACAGUCUUGGAUACCUGGGCGAUUUGGAAGUUCUCUGCCAAGGUUUACCACCGGUUUUACUAGUUCAUAGUAACAGCAUGACUGUCACAAUGAAUCUCUAGCUGAAUUCGCGUCCCUCGUUGAGGAGAUGUUAAGCAUUGCAUGGCGAAAUUUAUUUUCUAUAUUGAAAAGUUUUCAAGAAUACUGCAUAGCAAAUAUUUUAUAUAAGCUGAUUGAGCCGACAUGAAAUCUUAUAAAUAUUAAGCCUGC